GCAGGCCCAUAAUAACUUUGACUACACACGUUGCAUUUUGAAUGGGGAAUUGUGCUGUUGUAUGUGGGUCAGAAUAUAUCAGAGACAUGGCAUUCUCUGAGCAGCAAGAUACGUCUGGGCAACUGGUCCAGCUUUCAAGUGCGAACAUCGGAUUCGCCCUGGAUCUUUAUCAAACUCUUCAAGAUGAACGGAGAGGUACAAAUCUGUUCUUCUCCCCUCUCAGCAUAUCGACCGCUCUGGCUAUGACACAGCUAGGAGCCCGAGGUGAUACAGCUACUCAAAUCGCUGAUAUCUUCCGUUUCAAUCAGAUAGAUCAAGAUAAACUUCAUGGAACAUUCAAAGAGCUAAACAACUUGCUUUACCAAACAGAUUCCGGUUACAAACUUCAUUCCGCCAACAGGCUCUAUGGCAAAUCUGGCUACAACUUUGUUCAGUCAUUUGUUGAAGAAAGUGCUUCCUAUUAUGGAGCAGCCAUAGAGGCGGUAAAUAACUUUGCAGCUCCAAUUACCACUCAAUCAAUCAAUGAUUGGGUCUCAAAGCAGACCGAGGAUAAAAUCAAAAACCUGAUUGCUCCUGGAAUCCUAAAUGAUCUAACACGCCUUGUCCUGGUGAAUGCCAUCUAUUUCAAGGCGAACUGGCAAUCAGAAUUUUUAACCUUCGAUACUACACAGGAUACAUUCAAGGUUUUCGAUGAGAGAGAGAAGGUUCCGGUGAGUCUAAUGAUUCAAGAGGGAAGAUUUGCUUUGGCUGUUGACAACACCAAUGACUGUCUUGUGCUAGAGAUGCCUUACAAAGGCCACAAUAUGAGUCUAUUGAUUGCUCUUCCCACCAAAGAUGAUGGCCUUGGUCAACUUGAGACGAAGCUCUCUGUGGACGUCCUGCAAUCCUGGGACGCAGGGCUCAAAUCAAGAAAAGUGAAGGUACUAUUACCAAAGUUCAAACUAGAAGCAACAUUCCCACUGAAGGAGGUUUUGAAACGAAUGGGAAUGCCCGACGCUUUUGAUGAGGAUAGGGCUAACUUCGAAGGCAUCUCAGGUGAUAGAGAGUUUCAUAUCUCUGCCGUCAUCCACAAGGCCUCUGUUUAUAUCAAUGAGAAAGGGAGUGAGGCAGCUGCUGCGACGGCUGUUAUGAUGUUGGACGGAUGCCCUCUACCAAGUGAACGUAAGAAGCUGUUCCUGUUUCGAGCAGACCACCCAUUUCUCUUCAUGAUUCGUCACCGGUCGACGAAAUCGGUCCUUUUCAUGGGACGAAUGAUGGAUCCCUCCUAGAUUUUGACCGCCAUGUUCACGCUUUGAAAAUAAUUACAUUUUCUGUUUUGGCAGUUUAAUCGAAUAAGCAAAAUCAAAGACUUUCCACGCUUUAGAAGUAAUCAAAUUUGUCUGUUUUGGCAGUUUAAUUGAAUAAGCAAAAUCAAAGACUUUCCACGCUUUAGAAGUAAUCAAAUUUGUCCGUUUUGGCAGUUUAAUCGAAUAAACAAGAUCAAAGACUUUCCACGCUUUAGAAGUAAUCAAAUUUGUCUGUCUUGGAAGUUUAAUCGAAGAAACAAAAUCAAAGACACUUCACGCUUUAGAAUUAAUCAAAUUCGUCUGUUUUGGCAGUUUAAUCGAAUAAACAAAAUCAAAGACUUUUCGUUCAUUACGACGUUUUCUGAGCCACGCAAAUAGCCUAGUGUUGAUUAAUUACUUGAUAUAUUCUAUAUUGUGUAUACAAUCAACAAAUGCUUUUGGGAUGAACUCUAUAAGCUUGUUACCAUUAUCUAUUACUUUUGAGAGAUAAACUGUUUAUUAAUCAGGCCAUGACGUCAUAAUAUAAAUGUUUCUCACGUUAUGAUACCCAUUGUCUCUUUUUCUUCAGACGAGAAUCAAGUAAUCGUUGAUGGAUAGAGGUCACUGCUAUCGUAUGCCGAUUACCACAGACUGGUUAUAUUGGUUUUAAUUAUUGCUAUACAACACACUAAACAUAGAACCCAAAAUUUGAAAUUAUUCAACAGUAUUAACAAGGGAAAAUGCGUAUGAUUAAAAAAUAUGGGAGUGAUUGAUUUUUUUCUUCUUUUCAACAAUGUAUUGUAAUUUAACAACUAAGGGGUUACAUAACAAGCGCGUAGCAAACUAUAUUCUUGACAUAUUAUUAUUAUUUUGGGUAAAAAGAUUAUUCCUAUACGGUACUCCCUUUUUUACACAUUAGCCAGCCCAUGGAAUUUUUAUUGGAAGAAUGCGUCAUAAA